GUCACCAGCAUUAGCAAAUGGCGUCCUGGAAAUUGUUUGAGAUCAAUAAUUGUAACCAAAAUACAUAGUUGUCAACAAACCAGAGUUUUCACUAGAGUAUUUGUAUUUUUUUGCAGAAGGGAUUAUGUUAACGCACAUGUUGCAGGUUGAUGAUACAUUUUUAGAAUUAGUUAGUAGCUAAAAGAAGCAAAAUGCUUGUGGUUUGUAUUUUUGAUGGAAAUGGAGCUGGUGGUGAUUCUGGUAAAAAUGUAAAUAAAAUAAAUAAACCCAAUGAAAAAGUGAUUGAAACUAUUGAAAGAACUAAAGGAAAAGAAAGGGCCUUUCUUGAAAUUCAGCGAGCAUGUGAAUGUGUGAAAGCUAAGUUGGACACAGUUGUGUUCCAGAAGUUAGAUUUUGGAGAACUGGCAGUACUUGAUACAUUUUAUAAUGCUGAUGUAGCAAUUGUUGAUAUGUCAACACCAAUACAGCAGGCUUCCUUGUUUUAUCAUCUGGGUAUAAGAGAGAGUAUGGGUAUGAAGCAUAAUAUAGUGUUAUGUUAUGAUUUUGAUCCAGAAUUAACUCUUUCAUUACGGCUUUCUUGUGGAACUGGUACAACAUUUUUUGCUUACACAAUAGAUGGUUGUAACGCAUGUAUAGUUAGUGAUCCAUCAUUACCAAGAAUUACUGGUGAUAGUUGUGCAAAUCAUGAUGUACCAACAUUGCUGAAAAAAUUAAAAUCAACCCUCAAUGAUGUGGAAGAUUUUAAUAGAGUACAUUCUAAAGAAAGAUUUUUAAAAGACCUAAGGAAAGCCAUUACAAAUUUACAAGGAGAUGAACUGAAAGAGGCUUUAGCAGGAAUGAGAAGAAGAUUGGAUGAUCCACAGCUUUUAUCAGUAGAUAUUAUAGUUAAUAUGAUGAUAUCUUAUAGAGAAGUACAGGAUUAUGAUAAUAUGGUUAAGCUAAUUAAAGAUCUUGAACAAAUUCCUAACAGUAAAAUAUCUUCAACAAUAGCUAUAUUACAAUUGUAUGCCUUUGCUUUGAAUCGGAGAAAUCAAAAUGGUGACAGAGAUAAGGCUUUAGAAGUAAUAUCAAAAGCUAUUGAUCUAUCAGAUAAUGCUGUACCAGAUAUGAUAUGUUUAUGUGGUAGAAUCUAUAAAGAUAAAUUUGUUGAAUCAGAUUAUGAAGAUAAAGCUGCACUUGAAAAUGCAAUAACAUGGUAUAGAAAGGGUUUUGAUGUCCAACCAAACGAAUAUGCUGGUAUAAAUCUUGCUACACUACUUGUUAUAUCAGGAAAAGAUUUCUCAAACUGUCAGGAACUACAACGUAUUGGUAUUAUAUUAAAUAAUUUAAUUGGAAAGAAAGGUAGCUUACAGUCGUUAACAGAUUAUUGGGAUGUAGCUACAUUUUUUGAGAUUAGUGUUUUAGCAGAGGAUUAUAGUAAAGCAUCACAAGCCGCAUAUUGUAUGUUUAAACUAGAACCUCCUAAUUGGUACCUGAAAUCAACAGUAGGAAAUAUUGUUCUGAUUAAUCGAUUCCGUAGACAGAUAAGAAAUACUGCCAUGGAUCCAUUAUUUGAUUUCUGGAUGGAUUUUUUUGUGGAAGCAAUAAAACCUGAAGCUGAAGUUGUUGGUAUUAGAUUUCCGGUUUUGAUAUUAGAACCUAAUAAGCAAUAUAGCCCUAGUUAUAUACAGAUAAACAUGGAUACUGAAGAUAAGUGUGUAAAAUUGUGGCAUGUUGUUCAAGAUCCUUCUAGUAACGAAAUAGGAGAAUGGACAUUUGAAUCUGAUGCUAUCAAGAGAGUCAGUAUGUAUAAGAGAGAUGUCAGGGCAGUGUUUCUGUAUGUUCAGGAAAACUCUGAUGAUUUUCAUAUUUUUUUUCCAUCCAACUUCCAAAAAAUGAAGUUUAACAGCUUGGUAUGUGAAAUGACAUCAUUUUGUUAUAUAGAUGAUGCUGUAGAAGAUGUUGUUGAGUAUGUGUAUGAUCUUGAUGAGAAAGGUAAUAGAAUGCUGCUAGGAAGAGGUACCUAUGGUUGUGUAUAUGCUGCCAGAGAUAAACGACAAAUUAAAAUAGCAGUAAAAGAAGUACCAGAGAAGUGUAAACAAGAAGUACAACCUCUUCAUGAAGAGAUCCAUUUACACAGUCGUUUAAAACAUAAGAAUAUUGUUGAGUAUCGUGGUUCUAUGAGUGAAGAUGGAUAUUUCAAAAUAUUUAUGGAACAAGUUCCUGGAGGUAGUUUAUCACAACUUCUACAAUCUAAGUGGGGUCCUUUGAAAGAUAACGAAACUACCAUAGUUCACUAUACUAAACAGAUUUUAGAAGGACUCAAAUAUCUGCAUGAUAAUAAGAUAGUACAUCGUGAUAUUAAAGGAGAUAAUGUGUUGGUAAAUACAUAUAGUGGUGUUUUAAAGAUAUCAGAUUUUGGUACAUCUAAAAGGUUGGCUGGUAUUAACCCCUGCGCUGACACAUUUGCUGGUACAAUACAGUAUAUGGCACCAGAAGUUAUAGACAAAGGUGCGAGAGGAUAUGGACCCGCGGCUGACAUAUGGUCACUAGGUUGUACAGUUAUAGAAAUGGCUACAGGAAAACCACCAUUUAUAGAACUUGGUUCUGCUGAAGCAGCCAUGUUUAAAAUUGGAUUCUAUAAGAUGCAUCCAGAAAUUCCAGACAGUAUGUCAAAAGCUGCACAUUCUUUCCUUCUCAGAUGUUUUGAACCAAGUCCAGAUAAAAGAGCAACUGCAGCUGAUUUAUUAGAGGACAGAUUUAUAACAGAGAACUAUAAAAAGAAAAAGAAAAAAGUUCAAGAGACUGAUUUACAUAGAAGUACUUCAGAACCAUUUGAUAAAAAGACAGCAGCAUUGAAGUUGAAUAUAAAUGUACCCAGAGUUUCUCGGUUAAAAAAAGAGGGGUUGUCAAAUAGUGUAGAGAAUCUUCUAGAUCCACUGGAACCAGUUGAAGAAGAAGGAUUAUAUCCGUCUCCUACCUCAAGUUAUCUUGAUUUAAGUGCUAUAGAUGGAGGACUAAGACGUUCAUUUCGUCCACGCUGUUAUUCUGACAGCGUCCCGUCUGCUAUAAGUUCCGAUUUCUCACCUCUUCCUAGUCCUAAACAUUACGCAAGCUUCUCUCGGUUUUUAUUUGAUGGAUUAUAUCAUACAGAAAAUCCUCAUUACAGUAGAACACCAAGUACCGAUUCUGCGUUAUCAAAUGCUAGUGGCUGUACAAAUUUGUUAUCACCUGAUAUAGAAAUGACACCUGAUACUGGCGGAUCUAAAGAUGGUUUUUAUUUACUACGUAAAGAUUCAGAAAGAAGAAUGACACUAGUACAGAUUAUGAAUCAAGAUAAAGAAAAAAUAUGUGAUACAUGGCUGGGGUUGCUGCAUCGUGAUGCUUCAAUUUCAAGUCCAAAAUUAACAACGAAUCAUAUGAGAAUUUUAUUACUGGGGUUAAUGGGCCAUGUUAAAGAUCCAUCCUGUAAAAGUAUAUCGGAGGCUAUAGAUAAAUUGCGAGAUGGUGUGCAGUUUGAUGUUACGGCUUUAAUGGAGAUACAACUGGCCUUGUAUGUUUUUCAAGAAGCUGUUGGAAGUAGUUUAAAGACUCACAGUAUUCAGCCUCAUUGGAUGUUUGCUGUAGAUAAUCUAAUACGUAAUGCUGUACAAGCUGCUAUAAUUAUUAUAUCUCCAGAAUUAGGUGCUAAUCUAGCUGGUGGACAACCAGAUGAAGAAAUAUCAACUUCUGGUGUCUCAUCUGCUAACUCAAAUAAAACGGCUGCAUUUAAAUCUAAUGCUAUAAAAGAAUUACAGACGCAGUUGGAAACUAUUCAAAGUGAAAACAUCAGAUUAAUGCAAGAGUUUUUAGAAGCACAGAAAGUAUAUCAGAGUUUAUUACAACAGUCUCUAACAGAUAAAAAGUUUCAUAUUGAUCAAUUACAACAAAUACGUAGUUUACAAGGUGGUGAGAUAGCAGCAUCUAGUAAUGCUACUAUGUCCAGAUCAGCUGUGAAGAGAGAUGUGCCAAAUAUUCAGAUCAAUGCUGAUACUGAGUUAGUUAAUUGGUUGAAACAGAAUAACUUUAAUUCAGAAACUAUCUGUAGAAUAUGUGAAGAAGAAUAUACUCUAUCUGAUAUAUUAGAGUUAGUUACAUUGGUAGAUUUACAGCGUUUACAACUAAGAGGGGGUGUGUUAUGUAGAUUAUGGAGAUUAAUUAUGUCAAAACGUCACUCGAAAUUAAAAAAGAGAUAGCAGAUUAUAAAGACAUGGUAUAUUUAACAUUACUUUUACAAACCACUUAACACUGUCUCUGUAAUUAGAAUUCAUUGAGCUUUAAAGCUUAAACUUAAUGUCCAUGAUGGAAAUAGUCCAUAAAUACCGGUUACAGUAUUUGACCUUGUUAUUUGUUAUUCAGACACAGAAAUUGAGUACCUGCCGUUCCUUCAGUUUUCUUUGCCAAAAAUCACAAUUCUGUAUUAAUAAUGCCUUAAGUUAUAUGACAAUAUAAAUCUUGUUUGUUAAAAGUUGAUUGGUUAAAGCAUGGCAUAUCCUUGGUCACACCAGAUGCCAAAUUGGUCGUAGUUUUCAGGAAAUGUGUUUUUUUUUUCCUAAGAUAUCAUUGUUAAAUAUAUUGAGUUACCUGCUGACUGCUAUUAUUGCUAAUAAUGGAGUAUAGAUGCACAUAUAUUUUUUAUGCUGUGUAUGUUUAUUUCAUGACUAGGAAUUGUUAUUAUAUAAUGGGUGUUGGCGAUAGCUAUUGGCGUCAUUUGCAUUUCGAUGAUAUCGGAAACUGAUUUGGAAAACCAUUUGGCUAAUAACUGAAGAUAUGAAUAAUUAGCAAGUUUGUAUAUUUACAGAAUUAUUAUUGUGACGGUUAAAUGUACAAAGUAUGUUGAUCGUAAAAUGUACUAAAGAUUAUCUAGGUAUAAAUGUUAUGGAUUAUGCUUAUAAGUAACAAUUAAUUCAUUGUAAAUGAGCCAAAACUAGAUUGAUUUUAUAAUGGCAUAUAGUGGCUGGUUCAUUGCUUUAUCAGUCAGGUUUUCAAUUGUCUAAUGGCUGCAGCCAGCUAUAAUCAGCCCAUUAAUAUCCUUGCUUAAAAUGAAUAAAAAAAAUCACAGGAUUUAUGAUAGAAUUAACAUGUUAUUGAAUUGGUAUAAAUAAUAUACAUGUAUAUAAAGUAUAUAAAUAAUCUGUAUUAUUGAAUAAAUAAUAUGUAUUAUUGAAUACAUAACAACAUUUUAUUAAAUAAUCAAAUACAUGAACUGUAGAAAAAAAUCUAUGCGAAAUCAAUAACCGGUGUCAAGUUAUUUUGUAUGUAUGGUUUCCAUUUUGAGUGGCUUUUAUCUGCUUGCUUUAUCCUUGAAAGUAGAAGUUAUAUUAUAGAAAUAACUAUUGAUAGUAUUACAAAACAUCAUUUAGGAUUUAUUUAUUUCCCCUUGUCACAUUUUGUUGUAUAGGGUACAGCUUUAUGUAGUCCCUGUUUUGUCUAACACAUAGUUUUAUUGAGUUAAGUUUGCCAGAUAUUUAUGUAUCAUUCUAUAAAAUUCAUUUAUUCUUGCAUGGAAAUUAUAUUAUUUUGAAUACCUAGUCUAAACAAUUAUUAAAAAAUUGUAAAUAUACGGUUACCUGAAAUUAUUCACAGGAAUUUGGAACAUUAUGCCAUUACCUGGUAAUAACAGAUUAUAUUUGAUAUUUAAUAUUAUAUUUUGUUAUUAAAUUACCUUUAUUAUUUAUUAUAUGGAGAAUAGGUUAAAAUAGGCCUAUUCAAAUUUAUUCAUUUUGCCUGACCCCCAUGCUAAAACAUUUGUAUUUCUGUCAGUAAUCCGCUGGGAACAAAUGAUUUUAUGACUAUUUGAUUCGAACAUUCUUUGUGUGUGAUCUUACAAAGAAUGUUUGACUUUUAAUAAUGUUACUGGCUUUUAAUAAUGUUACUUUCACAAUGUACCAAAGUAAAUCAAUUAAUGAUGCGUUUGAAUACAUAGCGUUUCGCUUUUAAUAAUGUUACUGGCUUUUAGUAAUGUUACUUUCACAAUCUACCAAAGUAAAUCAAUUAAUGAUCCCUUUGAAUACAUAUGGGGUGUAAAGAAUUUGAUGUAAAGUUAUUACACCCUUGUUUAUUCUUGCCAUUGACUGUAUUUUGUGUUAAAUAUGUUAUCCUCGGAAAAUGACAAGUAUGAACUACUGUAUGGCUGGGAGAUUAGUACAAACAAGCCUUUAAAUUAAUCUUUAAUUGUCCCAAUUUAAAUCAAAUUUGCUGCUGUUCCAUGUACUAUAGCUAUUUAUGUUUAAAUCUUAUGUGUUCAUUUAUUUAAUUAAACCUCUCUUAUGUUUUAUUGUCUGCACAGUACAUUUCAUCAGGCAAUAAAUUUUGAUUCGUCAAUUUAUUAAAUGUAUCAAUCCUUUAUUGUAUGUAGAAAUGUAUGCAGGAUUUCCUAAAAGAAUAAUUUAUAGUCACCUCAUUAAGUGUAUUAAAUUGUUUUUGGUACAUUAUAUGCAGAGUGGAUGCAGGAUUUCGGAAGGGGAGCGGGGGGAUAUGGGCACACAAUUUUACAUGAAAUCUAUCACACUGAUCCGCAGUGAAUAUUUGCUUGGCCGCGACAAUCACUGAUAAGGAUGACAUUUAUGCGGCUUAAUGAGCUAGAAAUAUUAACUUUUUUCCUGCGACAAAUUAAAUUCUAAAACAUUUUUUGUAUAUAUUGGAAAAAUAAAUAAAGGCGUUUGACGUUUUUGUAGGUAAAAAUUAUUUCCGAUUUAGUGUAAAUGGGUAUUAAAUUGACUAAAAUGCAGCAUUCUCUCCGAAGCAGUUAUGUCUUAUGUAAACAAUGCACGCGCCAUUCAGCCAAUGAUUCACACUGCGGGCUGUGACAGCACGUGUUAAGGCAGUCAUCUAUGACAGAGAUAUUAUACGAGACUCGUAAUUCUCUGUGAAACAGAUUGGAAAUCUAUAUUAAAGGAGUGUAUUUAUAUUAAGAUUAAAGAUACAUUAUGUAAGAUUUAAAUAAAGAGCUGGCUGUUCCUUGCUAGAAUAGUUCAAAAAUAGGUAAUGCAAAAUGGAUAUAUUAAAAAUUUUGUUCAAAUUUUAUUCAAGUUAUCACGGUUGGUAGUUUUGACAAGAUGUGUGCAUUGAUUGUUUAUUAUCAUAACCACGGUACUGGUAUACUUGAGUCUUAGCCUUGCUUUCCCUUUUUAAAAUUAAAUCAUUUAAUGGCCGAACCGUUCUAAUCUAGUUAAAAUCUUGAGUAUCCGAUGGCAUGUCAAGAAUUGAUUAUGGUCUUGUUAUGUUGAUAAAUGUCUAAUCAAUAAUUUAAGGCCUAAAGAAAAACCUGGCAUAGGCAAAGUAAGCUCUUACAUAAUGCCUGUUUAAUGGAGGUAAAAUAAAGGAUUAACCUAUUAUUUAUGUAGUAUAUUGCAAUGUUUUUUAUGACUUAUAUACAUUAUAAAGAUUGAAUGUGAUUAACUGUAUAGAAGGAGAUACAUUUAUUUCUGUAAAGUUUUAGUAAUAUGAAUAAUAAAAAAGAUUGUGAAUCUGUGUAAAAUUGAAGAAUAAAUUAUGGUUACUUCUAAAACAAUGUUAUUUAUAUCUUGGCUGGACAUGAAUCGGAGAAUAUAAUUAAACGUAAGCCGACUUCUAUUUUUAUUAGCAACAAAAUGUUGGGUUUAAAACGUAUUCUGUAAAAAAAUAUGUGAUGAUCUUGAUGUGUAAAUAGAUGCAAUUUGAUAAAAUAAGUAUAUCUACAAUAGUUCUUGUGUUAUUCAUGGUGCUUUCUCUUUAAUUAUAUCUCAAUGUUCACAAAGACCCUGUACAUAUUUGUUAUGUUUGAUUUAACAUCUCUUAAAAUAUAAAUUACAACUGGUAACAUAGUUUAUUUUUUACAUAUAUUCAUGUACUGGUAUAAUGGUUAUAAAUUACCUCCCGUGCCUAUUGAUGUUCACUCCUCAUAACCUAUUUAUUGGUCCUUUAUUUUUGUAAACUAGUACCCUGUUUAAAUGUAGAAAAGAUGAUUUGAUUUUAAUGAUUUGUGCAUGAACAGAAAGAACAUUUUAUAUUACUGUAUAAUAAAAUAACAAUAAGAUGAUAAA